CUCGGCUGUUCCAUUCCCACCCACUCCAACCCUUUCCAUCCGCUUUCACCAUUUAGCCUCGCAAUGGACAUGGACGCCUCCGCAUACAUCGCCGAACAGAUCCCCCUCCUGCGACAAUUGCAUGCGCAGCUCGCGCUCCCGCCCACCGCCUUGGCAGAUGACACGGCCCGCAUCGACGCAGCUGUGCGCGCUGCCAUCGUCUCCGUCGUGCGAGGACGUGAGGACGAGGUCGCGGUUUGGGAGGCACGAAUUGCGGACGGGAAGCGUGCGCUUGCUGGACUAGCACGCGCCGUAGGCGAGAAGGGUAGGAGCGUGAUCAAUGCCAACCGCCGAGAUUCGGAGCCUGAAGGACCACAGGCAUUGCCGGCGCAACAUGAACGGCUUGUGGAACAGACAGCCGAGCUUGAAGUUGUCUACAACGAACGACUAGCCCAGAUCGAAGCACUCCGAGCCGAGCUCGAGAAGCUUUCCGUACUUCUUGGCCCACCAUUCGAGCUACCAGCGCCUCUCACACCCAUCCCGGGGUUGGCUGUGCCAGCCCGUAAGCCACGGCCAUCUGUGGCAGCGACGCUCCCCCCACCUGUCAACCUGGCGCCUACGAUCAACAAGCGCACCUCCGGCCGACGGGCGUCCGCCUUUCACGCACCAGUACCCGAGCCCGAACCUCCAAAGCUCGAGGCCUGGCUCGACGUCGGCGAAGACGUGCAGGCUGCCCUUCUGUCAGCCCUGGAGAAAGCGACCGAGGAGCGAGAUGCCCGCCUCAGAACCCUAGAGAUGUGCUUCAACGACCUCAUAUGGUACCGCGCGGAACUGGACUUGCCACCGUUUGAGCAACUACAACCAGAACUUCGCCCACCCCGAAGUGAGGAGGAGCGGCCAGGUGCGCACCUCCGGUACGAGGUGUUACUGGAGCAUGUCAUCUCGCUCAACCCUGUCAAGGCAGGCAGCUUCGGUGACGAAGAGCGCGACAUCGAAGGCAUGGAAGAAGUCGAGCCUGAAGUCGGCCUCAUCAACUGGGCCGAUGCACUGUUGCAACUCUGGAUGGAGGAGAAGGAAACGCGGGACGAGCAGAUCCAGUCGCUGUACGAGCGCAUAGAGCCGCUAUGGGAUCGUCUCAACGUUGAGCAAGAGUACAUCGACUCCUUUACGGAGCGGAACGUUGGCUCUGGCCUCGGUUCAAUCCAGGCGUACGAGGAGGAGUUGCAGCGCAUGCUCGAGAAGCGCAAGGCAAGUCUGUCGGACUUCGUUAUCAACGUGCGGAAGGAGAUCGCGCAACUUCAGGAUGCGCUGUUGCUCUCGGACGACGAAAAGGCCGAGUUCGGAGCCUACAUCGACGACGAGUACACGGAGGAACUGCUCAGUGCACACGAAGAAGAAGCGACGCGCCUCCGCUCCGAGCUCGAGGCGUCUAGUAUUCACCUCGCUAGAGUCAAAGAGUGGCUCACCCUCAAAGCCGACGAGGAGGAGCUUGAGCGCAGCGCCGCUGACCCGAACCGCUUCAAGAAACGUGGGACGGCCAUGUUGCAAGAGGAGCGUAUGCGGAAGCGCGUCGAGAAGCGCAAGCCUAAGAUCGAAGCAGACCUUCUUGCCAGCCUUCCUGCCUGGGAGGAGGAGCACGGGCGGCCGUUCUUGGCGCGCGGGCAACGCGUCAUUGAUGUUAUCGAGGACGCGAUAGCUGCCAAAGAGGCCGCAAAGGAAGCGAAAAAGCGAGCCAAGCUCGGCCUCGGCCCCACUGCGCCCGCGAAGGGGCGCGCAACGCCUGCCGUUGGGAACCGCUCGCAGCCUCCGACGUUGAGAAAGCGCGAGCUGCCGACCCCUUGCCCGACAGGAAGCACAAGCAAGCGACCCCGCCCUCUUGGUUCACGCAUCCCGUCUGGAUCGACGUCACGAUCAGUAUCCACAAGAUCAGUCUCGGGCAUGGGCAGAUCCGUGUCCAGCAGCACGACGCGCUCUGUCUCCGGCACUACGCACGCCAUGCGACAUGUCGAGGAAACGCCUACCGCCUCGGCCGCUCGGCGCUUCGGCGCACCGGCCGGGUCGAGAGUGAAUGCCCUGGUGCCACGACAACAGGAGCGAGCGGACGUGUUCAAGACGCCCGGCAAGACGCCGGGCCGCACACCACGUAAGAGCUUCAAGCCACGACGCAGUAUUGCGGGUGGCCUUCUCGCUGGGAGAUUUGUGCUGGACGAGGCAGACGAAGACGACGACAUGUUCUAGACAAUAGUAAACGAAAACGACGUGGAUGCGGCUGGUAGCCGGAAAGUGUAUUACGAGCUGCAUGUACUCUAUGCUAUGAUUG